CGCUCACAGGCUGCCGGGCUCUGGUGCGCGCACCCGCUCAGCACUCUUACUCCCCGGAGCGCGCGCGCGCUCCCGCUCCCUGACGCGCGCUCGCUCCGCGCUGUGUCUCUCGCGCCCGCUCGCUCAGUCAGAAGCUCCGUUAAGCGACGGCAGGUUCCUGUUUCCGUAUUUUCAUCCCCCUCCAGACCCGCGUCCGCGCGCCGACGCCUCCUGCAAGCCGGCACCCGCAGCAGGAGGGGAGCCGGCGGGCGCUGCUGCUGCUGCUACUCGGGUCACUGUCUUUGUAAAAUUCAAGGAGAGAAGCAGAUACACGUGAUCCAGCUUCAAGUAGAAAAAAAUCUUCAUUACCUUCCAUAGAAGAAAAAAGACACAGUUAAUUUCACUGACUGCUGGAUCAGAGGAAACAGUUAUUUCCCUAGAAGCCCAUCAUGCAACUGUUUCUACUUCCUACUGUCAUGGAGAAGAAUAUAAAACGAAGAAGCACGUGAUACUAAAGCUUUCUACAUACAACAUUAUAAGGAUCUCUCUCAAAGAAUUGCUGUAGGACUAACACUGAUUAUAAUUUGUCUUAAGCAUAAUGUGGUGAAACAGAGGAACAGAAGUUGUCCAUCUUUGUAGAGACUAAGGAAUUACAAUGUUUAUUUUGUGAGCUAAAACAGUUUUGCAGUGAACUGAGCAUAUGAAAAUGCGGCCAUGGACUGGUUCCUGGCGUUGGAUUAUGCUCAUCCUCUUUGCCUGGGGGACCUUGCUAUUUUAUAUAGGCGGACACUUGGUACGAGACAAUGAACACCCAGAUCACUCCAGCCGUGAACUAUCCAAGAUACUUGCAAAGCUUGAACGUUUAAAACAGCAAAAUGAAGACUUAAGGCGGAUGGCAGAGUCUCUCAGCUGGAAAUGUGUCCUUCGGCGGGUCAUCAACACCUGAAAGCAGACUUUCAGAGAUUAGAAGGAGGAGAAAGAGAAUGUGGGAGGACGUGUUCACCGAGACAAUGAACGCCUCCAGGACAACUGACGCAGAGCUGAGAGCAUGGAGGUUUUCGCUGUCCGAGAAGAUAGACGUGGACAUAGAGAGAAAGAAAGCUUCCAAUGAGCAAGAGUGUGCGACGCAGGAUGAGAUGCUUUGGAUUAUGAAGGACCAAGCGGACAUGUUGAGGAUACCGGAUGGUCCCAUUGAUCAGGGGCCAGCUGCAGGAAGGGUACAUGCUUUAGAAGAGCAGCUUUUAAAGGCCAAAGAGCAGAUAGAAAACUAUAAGAAACGAACUGGAGAUGGCAUGGGGAAAGACCAUGAAAUAUUGAGAAGAAGGAUUGAAAAUGGAGCCAAGGAACUUUGGUUUUUUCUUCAGAGUGAAUUGAAGAAGUUGAAAAAUUUGGAGGGAAGUGAACUCCAAAGACAUGUUGAUGAAUUUCUAUCUGAUCUCGGUCACCAGGAAAGGUCGAUAAUGACAGAUCUGUACUACCUCAGUCAAACAGAUGGAGCAGGUGAUUGGCGAGAAAAGGAAGCCAAAGAUCUGACAGAGCUGGUACAGAGGAGAAUAACAUAUCUUCAGAACCCCAAGGAUUGCAGCAAAGCCAAGAAACUUGUGUGUAAUAUCAACAAAGGCUGUGGCUAUGGCUGUCAACUUCAUCAUGUUGUCUACUGCUUCAUGAUUGCAUAUGGAACACAACGAACACUCAUUCUGGAGUCUCAGAAUUGGCGUUAUGCUACUGGUGGCUGGGAGACUGUCUUUAGACCUGUAAGUGAGACGUGCACAGACAGAUCAGGCACUACCACUGGACACUGGUCAGGUGAGGCAAAUGAUAAGAAUGUUCAGGUGGUGGAACUUCCCAUCGUUGACAGCCUACACCCACGACCACCUUAUUUGCCAUUGGCUGUCCCAGAAGACCUGGCUGAUAGACUAAUUCGUGUCCAUGGGGAUCCUGCGGUGUGGUGGGUCUCGCAGUUUGUCAAAUAUUUGAUUCGCCCACAACCAUGGCUAGAAAAGGAAAUCGAAGAAGCAACAAGGAAACUUGGUUUCAAACAUCCAGUUAUUGGUGUUCACGUCCGAAGGACAGACAAAGUGGGAACAGAGGCAGCAUUUCAUCCCAUUGAAGAGUACAUGGUACAUGUUGAAGAACGGUUCCAGCUUCUUGCCCGCAGAAUGCAUAUAGACAAAAAACGGGUUUAUUUGGCUACCGAUGACCCUUCGCUACUACAAGAGGCAAAAUCUAAAUAUCCAAAUUAUGAAUUUAUCAGUGAUAACUCCAUAUCUUGGUCAGCUGGACUUCAUAAUCGAUACACUGAAAACUCACUGCGGGGUGUUAUUCUGGAUAUCCACUUUCUGUCUCAGGCAGACUUUCUGGUCUGUACGUUUUCGUCACAGGUUUGUCGAGUUGCCUAUGAAAUCAUGCAGACUUUGCAUCCAGAUGCUUCAGCAUAUUUCCACUCUUUGGAUGAUAUCUACUAUUUUGGAGGACAGAAUGCGCACAACCAGAUUGCCAUUUAUGCCCAUCAUCCACGAACUGCUGAUGAAAUCCCCAUGGAACCUGAAGAUAUAAUUGGUGUGGCUGGAAACCACUGGGAUGGUUACUCUAAAGGCAUCAAUAGGAAAUUAGGGAGAACAGGCCUAUACCCAUCUUACAAAGUAAAGGAGAAAAUCGAGACAGUCAAGUACCCUACAUACCCAGAGGCUGACAAAUAGAACAAAAGGAGGGUUGUCACUCACUCUCAAUUCUAAUCCGUUCAAACCAACCAACAUACAGAAGGCUUAUAUGGGAUUUGAAUUCGCAUUUUAACAUGUAGUUAAAAUGAAAGCCUUCAGCGUUCAGACUAAAUAAGAAGCUUGGAGCAAAUGGACAGGUCAUUAUUUGAACUUUGUGUUGAACUUUUUUUUUUUGUUAUAUGCACUCUCACACAUGUGCGUGCACACAUCCUCCCAGGAAAACUGUUAUUUUAUACUAUUUGUCUCUUUCAAGAUUUGUCCCUGUCAUUAGUCAUGUGUGAGCUUUGUGCUCUCCUCUUUGUCAUUAAUUGACUAUAAUACUCAGACUUAGAACACUGCCAUAUUGUGUAAUUUGAGUGACAUGAACAUAUUUUGUAUGUGCGGAAUUUACAACAUGGUGCCUAUAUUUGAAAGAUCUGUGACCUUUUCAGAAGAGCCAUGCCCAGUUCCACUGAUAGGCAAGAGCUGAUCUUUAACUGGUCUUGUCACGAGUGGCGAACUUGCUCCAAUCAACCGAUUCAAAAAUCAAACUAGAUCUUUUUUCUUUACAAGAUUCUUUUAAAAGAAACAAUUCCAUUGAUUAGUUCACCUCAUCAAUAAUAAAGGAUACAUCCAAACAAUAAAAUAUUCACUGUCUGUUAGGAACUUUUGUAAACAAUGCCAUGAACAGAUUCUUUAGUACUGUAUGUUUCUGGACAUUGUCUUUGAUAACAAAAAAUAAAUUUAAAAAACGAGUA